AUGAGCGGUGAAGACUACCAAUGGAACAAGAUCACCACCCACAUUGAGAAUCUCGUAUAUGCCCCAGAAGACCGCAACUUAUACCACGAGGGCACUAUCAAAGUGAAAUGCUCAAACGGCGUUUCUGCCACGAUAUACGUCGAUAAGAACAAG